AUGCCGGCCACAGACUAUUACACUUUAGGUGAUGUCCCUGUCCACACCUUUGGAGAGCUUCUCGUGGAACUUAAAGCAAAGUAUCGAACACUACCACGUGCUGAUUACCUUGACUACUUCAAGCAGGCACAUUCGAUCACAGCCGCUACAUUCAGGCCCGCAGUGGAACAACUGUUGCAGGCCUUGGUUGGUUUGGAGAAUCUCGGUCCUGCAUAUAUCGCUGGUUUCAAGGAGUAUUCGGAAACCGAUGAGUACCAGGAGAGAUUUCCCGAGUAUCAGGCAGCGCGUGAUUGGAAGUCAAAGAAAAGUAAACAUGGCCGCAAGGGGCAGAGAGCCACGAUUUCACUUAGCACGGUGGACCUUGAGCAGGCAUUGAAGCUUGCCGGCCAGAACUGGUCAAUCCCGUCUCCCGAGGAGAUUACAGCGGAAAAUCUCUUCAUUGACCGCGUUCUCGGUACUCUGACCAGUGUACCUGAAAACUCGCAAUCGUAUGCUGAAACCAUGGCCUCAGAGUCCCCAGCUCCUACGCCUCAGCAGUCCAGUCGCUACAUCUCCGUUGCUUCCGGGCCGCCCCCUUGGGAGCGCCAGCAUACACCGAACAAUGCUCGUUCAGAAACUCCGCCCGGGCACCAUGCCCGGCAUGAGACACCUGCUCCUAGAACCCCGAUUGCGACCCGAAGGACUUCCCUUUCUGGCUCGCGGCAGAGCGUGCAGUUUACCCCGGUUAACCAACGCCUCCCGAGCAGCAGCUUUCCACCCUCUCCGACGCCACCAUGUGCCACAACCAAUACUUAUGAUCAGCGCGAACCAUUGACGUCUCACAUGCCACCCGCCCCGUUGAAAUCUCGGCACGGUGCCCGGGAUGAGACGCUCGUGCCCGCGCGCCCAACCACUCCCGAGAGCAAUUCAUCCUUAGAGAGUCCAAUUACGGCCCCGUCAAUGUCUGGACACGGUCCCCGAGACAAGACGCCCCCGCUCGUGAGCUCAGACACAGCCUCGCAAAACAACAAGCGCACAAACGAGGCGCCGACGGCAGGUUCAGAACUUGGGGUGACCGACCAAGAAAUCUUGGGAGAGGAAGACCUGCAUGGUGAAGAGGAGCCAUGUCUAUGCCUUACUUCCAGCAUAUUUGACCAAGCAAUACUAUCCCAAAUUGAAGCAGAGGCCAAUAAGAAGCGUCCACUUGGAUGGACUACUGAAAGAGCACGGCAGGCCCGAGUGAACUUUCUUAGGAAGCUGGCGAAGCCGCUUACAGAGGCAGAGCAGGAUAACAGCCAAAUCCGCUCACAGCAUCUGGAUGAGAUCCGCAGAGCCACUGGCCUCUCGGGGCGGGUUACGUAUCCAGAGCUUGUUCAUCAGCUCGCAGCCCUUGCCAGCAACUGUGACACUGUGGAAUCCUGGGAUGAAUAUACCCAUCGUAAUGCUCAACGCAGCCUGUGGUUCUCCGCACCUGUUUUUGAGCAUAAUCUGUUCAGCCAGUUUCACUACCAGUCCAUUGAUGUCCCGCUAAAGAUGCCCGUAUCAAACGAUGGAUGGGACUUUUUGAUUAGCGACCUUAUGAAGCAUGUUUCAACUCUGACAGAUGACCCGCGAUCCCUGCUUGCCUCCUAAGGAUAUGUGGAUAUUAAUCUCACAAAUCCAUACUUGCAGACACCCGAAAUGCAGCACCUCUUGACCCUCGAGACCCGCAUCAUUGACCACCAUACAACCGCAACCGGGGGUGUACGUUGGGCGAUCAUGGUGCAGGAUAUCGGCAGGUACUAUCUUGAUGUGCUGCUAAGGCCCGAUCACCCGCACAACCUCAUCGCCUACCCGCAGCCGGCCAUUGACACGCGCACCUUGGACGAGGAUGAAGCUCCGGCGCCAUUCCAUGUCCCACUCUCCAUGCACCGACCAUUUGUCUUCAAGAACAGUCUGACAAGUUUCGUCCCCCUCAUGGCA